CAGAGAAUGGGGGGAGGGGAAGGAAGCGGAAGAGGAGCCGCCGCCGCCGCGCGGCGCUGAGGGGAGCCAAGCGGGCGCUGCUUGGGGGGCCAAGCGCUGACGCCUGGUGCCGCUUACUGAGAGCGAGCGAAGGGAAAGAAGCGACUGCUUCAGUCCCAGCGGGCUCAGUUUUCCUGUCUCUCAGCAACCAGUUUCCUUGUUAAAUGAAUUGCAAGUUGCUUGAGUCAGAAGUCUCGAAUACAUCAUGGAUAUCAGAAAUGGUGACUAAUAAUAUUAGUGGAGCAACAUUGGGAUUCCCUAGACCCAAGAAGAGAAGUUUCUAUUCCAUUCAAUUUUGCAAUGGUUUCCGAAUGAGUGGAUCAUGAGGAACAUACUUUAGGGACUUGCCAUAGUAUGGCUGCUUCUCGAUCUACUCGUGUCACAAGAUCAACAGUUGGGUUAAAUGGUUUGGAUGAAAAUUUUUGUGGCCGAACUUUAAGAAACCGUAGUAUCGCUCAUCCAGAGGAAAUUUCUUCUCUACCACAAGUACGAUCAAGGUCACCAAAGAAGAAAACAGAAUCUCUGCAGAAUCAGAAGGGAAACAACGGUGGGCGAACCAACGACGUGAAGCAGCAAAGUUGUAGGGAAUCAUGGGUAAGCCCUAGAAAAAGAGGACUGUCAACUUCAGAAAAGGAUAGUGUUGAGAAACAAAUUGUGGAGAACUGUGAGAAGAAAGUGGAACCUGUUUCGCCAGUUUUAAAGCGAAUUAAGCGCUGCUUACGUUCGGAGGCACAACAUAGUUUGGAAGAAGUGCUGCCCUCUAAAACAGGGAAGGAACGAUUCGAGCGCAAGAGCUCAGUGUUGGACAAUGUUGCAGUCACUCCAGGGACUAAGCGAGCUUGCCGAUGUCUUAUAUUGGACGAUAGUGAUAAAAGGGAAGUUAAAAAGGUGAUUGCUUGUGCUGAAAGGUUUAAUAGUUCUCCAGUAUCCGAAGAACUUCUAGGUUUGCAGACUGUCAAUGGGGUUGAUAGGAGAAGCUCAGAUGCUACAAAGUGCGAUGACUGUCAGCCUGAUGUAAAUACUACACAAAGUAAUGCUGAUUCCUAUUCACCUAAGGAUAAAACUGUAGCAGAAAAUGGAAAUGCAUUGGCCCAUUCUUCAUUUUUUCUCAACAGGAGUAAGGAGGACAAUUUUGUAGACCAUACUGUGCCUUGCACAAAUUCACAAGAACAGUUAAAGUUAGAGGACCACAAACAAUUAAACAACUGUUUGCCUGAGGAACCUGCUAAUCAGACACAUGAGUCAGGUACGGGUACGGGAUCUGUUUCCGAAAUUCAGUCAUCUUUAUUAAGGGAUUCUGAGGAGGAAGUAGAUGUGGUGGGAGAUAGCAGUGCCUCAAAGGAACAGUCUGCUGAAAAUACCAACAGCAACCUGGACAAUUAUCGUGAUACUACAUGCAUCUCAGGUGAACCAGAAACAUCAAUUUCUGUGUCAGACUGUGUUUCAGCCCAAAUUACAUCAGCGUCAGAACCUCAAGAACACAGAUAUACACUAAGAACAUCACCAUGGAGACUGGGCCCAGCCAAAGGUAGUCCUACUAAACAUAACUCUCCAUGUAGAGAAAAUGGACAGUUUGAAGAGAGCAACCAUACUGUCCCUGAAAAUAAAGUAGAAUUAAGUAUUACUAAUAUCAAUGGAUCUACUAUAAACACAGAAAUUACUCGGGAUGAGAAGGAGAAGGGUUGUGACUCUGGGGAAUGUAGAGAUGAAGGACUAAGUAAACCACCCUCAGAAGCCAGACUUGUUACUGGUUCACUACCAUCUGCCAAAGAGAGUGCCAAUCUUCAUGCUGUGGAGGAGGAUGAGGAAGAGCCUGAUGUGUAUUUCUUUGAAUCAGAUCAUGUGGCAUUGAAACACAACAAAGAUUAUCAGAGACUGUUACAGACGAUUGCGGUACUCGAGGCUCAGCGUACUCAAGCAGUUCAAGAUCUUGAGAGUUUAGGCAGACACCAGAGAGAAGCACUGAAAGAUCCCAUUGGAUUUGUGGAAAGACUCCAAAAGAAGGUUGAUGUAGGGCUUCCAUAUCCACAGAGGGUAGUUCAGCUGCCAGAAAUAUCCUGGGACCAAUAUACUACAAGCCUUGGGAAUUUUGAAAGAGAAUUCAGAAACAGAAAACGUAACAGUAGACGAGCAAACCUCGUUUUUGAUAAAGUAGGUUUACCUACCAGACCAAAAAGCCCUUUAGAUCCCAGAAAGGAUGGAGAGGCCACUUCAUACUCUGUAUUACCUUUUAGUGAUUGUCCAGAAGCUUCAACAAACAACCGUACACAGCAGAUGAUAAGAGGGCGACUUUGUGAUGAGACCAAACCUGAAACAUUUAACCAGCUGUGGACUGUAGAAGAACAGAAAAAACUUGAACAAUUACUUUUGAAGUAUCCUCCAGAGGAAGUAGAAUCUCGACGAUGGCAAAAAAUUGCUGAUGAGCUGGGAAACAGAACUGCAAAGCAGGUUGCCAGCAGAGUGCAAAAGUAUUUCAUAAAACUGACUAAAGCUGGCAUUCCAGUUCCAGGCAGAACUCCAAACUUGUAUUUGUACUCCAAAAAGUCAUCCAGCAGACGGCAACAUCCUUUGAAUAAGCAUCUCUUCAAGCCCUCAACGUUCAUGACUUCCCAUGAACCCCCCGUGUAUAUGGAUGAAGAUGAUGACAGAUCUAGUUUUCACAGUCACAUGGGCAGUGCAGCAGAGGAGGAUGUGUCGGAUGAGGAAAGUAUUCCUGUAGCAUAUCGAGAAUUACCAGAAUACAAAGAGCUUCUUGAACUAAAAAAACUGAAGAAACGGAAGCUGCAGCAAAUGCAUGCAGAAAGUGGCUUUGUACAACACUUAGGCUUCAAGUGCGAUAAUUGUGGAACUGAACCUAUUCAAGGCAUACGGUGGCACUGCCAAGACUGCCCUCCAGAAAUGUCUUUGGAUUUCUGUGAUUCUUGUUCUGAUUGUCUACAUGAAACAGACAUUCACAAGGAAAAUCACCAGUUGGAGCCUAUGUACAGAGCAGAGAUGUUCCUAGAUAGAGACUACUGCAUGUCCCAAGGCCCAAGUUAUAAUUAUCUUGACCCCAACUACUUUCCUGCGAAUAGAUGACAUGGGAAGCAAACCUGCAACCUGAAGCUUAGUAUCCUCUUUGAAAAGCAACAGUGGCACUACCAUUGAUUCUGUGUCCACCUUGGAAAGACAUUUGCUUCCCCAGGAAUGUCAUCCACAGCAUGAGAGCUUCCCGGGUGUCCUCAUCAAGCGACUGCUCUCUGACCUGUCAUGAUUCUCGAUCACUGAACAGAGGCUGAACAUUCCUAGUGUGGGGGAGGCUUUACUGGUGAGACUUCCUUUCACCAUGUUAGUCAUUUAUUAUUAUAGGUGGUGCAUCUAAAGAGAGGAGUUACAAAAGUGUGGCCAGAAAUGAAAGCACACAUUAAAAGAUAGUCAUUUCCAAAGGCGUAAAGAGCUUGGCUGUUACGAGAUGCAGAGGUGAUGAAGUACUUUCAUUAAAAAUGGUUUAGUAGUUUGCAGUUUUGUUGUGAAAUAGUUUUCAGCACAGAAACUGACUUUAGACAAAGUUUUAACCUAUGACAGUGUUUGCUCCUAGAACGUAUUCUUGAAACAAUCGCUGUCCCUGAGAUGGUUGGUAAUAGGCCUUUAUUAAAUUGGAGCUGCUUAAUCACAUUGACAUUUCUUUACUUUCGUUUUUUUUCCUUUUUACCACAACAAACUUAUUUACCAACAGUGAAGCACUACAGGAGGCAACUGUGGCAUUGCUCCUUAACCAGCUCAUGGUGUGUGAAUAUUAUAGAAUUGUCACGCAGAUAUAUUUUUAAAUGUAAUGUUAUAUAAGAUGACCAUGUGAUGUGUACAAAAAUAUGGUGAAAAGUGCCAGUGGUAGUAACUGUGUAAAGUCUCCAAUACCCAACAUUAACUCUUAUAAAGUAAAAUACACAGCCUUCUGCCUCUGUAUUUGGAGUUGUUAAUGCAACUCAUCAAAGAAAACUGCCUAAUAUAAAUCAUAUAUGGUAAUAAUUUUCCUCUUUUGUAGUAUGCACAAGAUCCAUGAAAGAUUGUAUUUUUAUUACUAUUUAAACAAGUGAUUAAAUUUAGCCUGAGCAGUGAGCAAGGGUUCACAUGCAUUCUUUUAUACUGCUGGAUUUUGUUGUGCAUCAUUUAAAACAUUUUGUAUGUUUCUUCUUAUCUGUGUAUACAGUAUGUUCUUAAAUAAUGUUCAGUUGUCAGGAGAACUGUGAGAAAUAAAAUAUGUGGAUACAGUCUGUUUAUAUAUAGAA